CCCGUUUCCUGUGACCUGGGCGCCCCGCCCACCCUCUUCCUCUCGGCUCCAUAUUGAGGCUGAAGGAGGCAAAAUCCAGUCACAAAAUGGAGGUUAAAAGGAGCAACUGAGUCAGAACACCCUCCCAAAAUGGCGUGUAAAGAGGAGAGAGAGGCUGAAGAUUACAAGAGGAGGGGAAGAAGAUCUUCACAGGGCCAUGAUCCUAAGGAGCCAGAACAAUUGAGAAAGCUGUUUAUUGGUGGGCUGAGCUUUGAAACUACGGAUGAUAGUUUAAGAGAACACUUUGAAAAAUGGGGCACGCUCACAGAUUGUGUGGUAAUGAGAGACCCACAGACAAAACGUUCCCGAGGCUUUGGUUUUGUGACCUACUCAUGUGUAGAAGAGGUAGAUGGUGCAAUGGCAGCUCGACCACAUAAAGUUGAUGGACGUGUAGUGGAACCAAAGAGAGCAGUUUCUAGAGAAGAUUCUGUGAAACCUGGUGCCCAUUUAACAGUGAAGAAAAUAUUUGUUGGAGGGAUUAAAGAAGACACAGAAGAAUAUAAUUUACGAGAUUAUUUUGAAAAAUAUGGCAAAAUUGAAACCAUAGAAGUAAUGGAGGACAGGCAGAGUGGAAAGAAAAGAGGGUUUGCCUUUGUAACAUUUGAUGAUCAUGAUACAGUUGACAAAAUUGUUGUUCAGAAAUACCAUACUAUAAAUGGGCAUAACUGUGAAGUGAAGAAAGCUCUCUCCAAGCAAGAAAUGCAGACAGCCACUGCUCAGAGAAGUCGUGGGAGCAGUUCAAGCAACUUCACAAGUCGUGGGAACUUUGGAAGCAGUGGUGGAAGUUAUGGCAGAGGUGGAAGUUUUGGUGGCAGAGGAGGCUACGGUGGCGGAAGUGGUGGAGGUGGCAGCAGCCGAGGAAGUUUUGGGAGUGGAGAUGGAUAUAAUGGCUUUGGUGAUGGUGGAAACUAUGGUGGUAGUCCUGGAUACGGCAGCAGAGGAGGUUACGGUGGUAGCCCAACCUACGGAACCCCAAGUGGUGGAUAUGGCGGAGGGGGUGGAGGCUAUGAUGGUUACAAUGAAGGAGGAAGCUUUGGUGGCAACUAUGGUGGCAGUGGAAGCUAUAAUGACUUUGGCAAUUACAGUGGCCAGCAAGCUUCAAGCUAUGGACCCAUGAAAGGAGGUGGCAGUUUCAGUGGCAGAAGCUCCGGCAGUCCCUAUGGUGGUGGCUAUGGAUCAGGAGGAGGAAGUGGUGGCUAUGGUGGACGAAGAUUCUAAAAAUUGUUCCAGGAUAAAGGCUACAGUUCUUAGCAGGAGAGAGCGAGGAGUUGUCAGGAAAGCUGCAGGUUACUUUGAGACAGUCGUCCCAAAUGAAUUAGAGGAACUGUAAAAUCUGCCACAGAAGGAGCGAUGAACCAUAGUCAGAAAAGUUACUGCAGCUUAAACAGGAAACCCUUCUUAAGGACUGUCAUAGCCACAGUUUGCAAAGAGUGCAGCUAUUGAUUUAAUGCAAUGUAGUGUUUAGAUGUACAUUCCUGACUUUUUUUUAAUUUGUUGUUGUAGCUUUGUCUUUUCUUCAUAAAAUCAGGUAUAUUGCCCUGUAAAUUUGUGGUAGUGGUACCAGGAAUUAAAAAUAAUUAAGGAACUUUUAAUUUUUUCAAUACUUGUGUAGUUCAGUUUUUUCUUACUGAAACUUCUUUAAAUAAAGAAAUGUAGUUUUAGGGUAUAUUCUUGCUAGGAAAAAAAAUCAGUGCAUUAUAAUCUGUAUUAAUUUAAACUAUAGAAAUGCUGAAUCGUUUAAGAACAUUAGUUUUUCUGCAUAUGUAACUAAAUGAAAUGAGUUGCACAUGCAAAGGGAGAGACAAGAUGUUUGCAUUAAAGCUUGUUUAGCUGUAUAACUAGGACUGAGUCAUUUAAACUAGUGCUUGUGAAUGAUAAAAAGCUUUACUUUCAAAUGGAAAUUCCAGAUAACUCUGGUUUGUGCAUAUCUUAAUUUGUAGCCUUUGUUUCCUAGCUUAAACCUUCUAAGUAAAUAAGCAUUGAAAGAGAUCUCUUAAAGCUUUAUUCAGUUUGCCUCCCAUUUCAUUGAUAUAUGCAGGAGCUACAUUAAGCACUGGCAGAACAGGCUUCUGCCUUACUGUUGAGGCUAAAAACCCCAAGUGGCAAACAGAUUAAGUGCACACACAGAAUUGGAUUAAACUUUGAAGCCAAUAGUCUGGGUCUGUUGCUUAGCUAAUAACUGUACAGCUUCAUUUGUAUAUAUUUCUACCCUAAAAACAUGAGUUCAUUUGUUAUGGUUAAUACUUUUAUUGUGUGUGAUUCUGUAUGCCCUCUCUGCCUGAAGCAAAAUUUCAGCGCAGGCACAAUCCCUCUUGAGUUCCUUGUAAUGAGUAUAAAUUUACUGACCAUGGGUAAAAAACACAUUUCACACACUUUCUAAUGCCCUCUGCGUAGGCCUUGAAGGUGAAGUGAAAUCAAACUGGUUCACAAUCUAGCAGUAGGAUAUAUUUGGGCUGAACAUGAUAUAUUUGUCACUAAUGGAAGUCCUACGGCUAGAAUUAAAUCAAUACUUUUAUGCAUCAGAACGAUGGGGUCAAAACUUCAUUAAAUUCACAACCGUGGGCGUGGUAUUUACUCCUUCACUUACCCAAAUUUGUGUACAGCCAUGUUCCCUAAUAAUUUGCUGUCCUUCUCAAUCUGAUCAGACUUCUCUUUUAACUAUUGCCAGAGCAGUGCUUUCUGUCAAUACACAUCCAGAAGAGUAGGGCACAGUGAGUAGAAGAAACUCAGACACUUGCCAGUAUGAUGCUGGAAUUUCUCACCUGUUACUUCUUCUCUAGGCCAAUGAACAGUAUAAGGUAAAGCCAAUUCCAGCAUAGGAAUGGAUUGUCAGACAUUCUAAAAUGUUGCUCAAACAAGUCACAGAGGCAUGGUUGUUGGAUAUAGAAUACGGUGGUUACAUCUAAUUUAAAAAGUGUUAAGGUGUGCUAAGCAAUGUCAUAAGCACUGAUAUACCCCCUGAAGCUCCAUAAUGUCAUCACUAUAUAUUAUUAAGGUGGGAAUUAGGUGGCUGGCCUCUCAGUAUAUCCUUUCUAUUUUUGGGAAACAGUGCCUAUAUACUCCAAUAGACAAAACUUGUUGAAGUGCAUCAGUUUGGCAUUGUAUGGAAUCUUCACAUUAUUAAGCUGCAUGUGCAAAUUCUUCUCACAAGGGAUAGGCCUGCUGUUGAUUGCAAGGGCAGAAUUGGAGGAUGGGUUUAAGGUACUUGAUCUUUUCUUGAUGGAACAGGGGGUGGGGUGGAAUCUUGAUGGCACGUAGGGAAAACACUUCAUUUUAAAGUGUGCUUGUCUGUUUUGCGAUUCUUAAUAUGAAAUCUGUAAGUUGCCAGUUGUUGGUGCCAGUGCCUUAGACCUAGUUCUCUGUGAACUUGGAAAAGUGUAAGCAGAGGACAGUAAUUAACCAGCUUUAAAGACUCUAGGAUGUAUCUCUUAGCCAAGUGUGGAUCAAAGGAGACUCAGACAGGACUUCAGCAGCCUAUUGUGUAUGUGGACAAGUCAGCCUAAUUAAAGAAUGACAAGCCAGCGCCAGCUUCAACUUCCAGAAAAGUGAAAGCAUAAGAUACUAUGCUGAUAGUGAGCAGCUUUCCAAAAGCUAGUUAAAUCUACCUAUCACUGCUGAAAUAUCGAAGAAAGUCUAGCAAGAGUUCUUCUCCAGUUGGAACCUCCUUGAGUCAUAGCUACUUGAGUUGACCCAGAGUCAUAGGUCUAGCAUUUAGACCUGAAAGGAAGGGGAAUAAGAAUAGAUUGUAGAAGAAACUUCUUGACCGGAUGUGGAUUUCUUACCCCCUGAAAAGCUCUUGGCUUGGUAAGACUCUGUAGUACAAUAUAAAACAUUGAUAUAUCCAUGACUUUGAAACUCCAGCUUCUGUGAUAAGAACAAAUUAUGCAAAUAUAAGGUGAGUGCCAACACAUAUCAUUGUACUUCCAAACUAUGAAAUGUGAGAGACCCAAUAUUAAUUAAAAUGGAAGAUCUCAUCUUAUCUGGUUUAUGAAAUAACUGGUAAUACGUCACAUUUAUAUAUCUUUAGAAUGGUUUGUGUUAUUUAGCAAUCCUUACAACAACUCUAGAAGAUAGGUUAAUAUUAUCUAUGUAUCAUAAGAUAGGUGGCUGAGGGUACUGGCUUGCCUAAUGGGUUAUUGUCCUGGUUUGCUUGUAAUGACAAAUUGUGGGUUAGUCCAUGCAUGCUCCUCAUCUGACUGAUCAUAGGUUGUUGAUUAAAAGCAGAAGUGUGGAGCACGUGGGAAGCAGCGUGUUCCUCACUCAUGAGUGGCAAGUCAGGGGUUAAUUAACCCAAGAUUUGCUGUUAUGUGUGAACCAGGUCAGUUGAUAAGGCAAGAUCUGAAUUGGAAUUUCUCACUCUAGCACAUGUGGACUUUUUGUAAAUGUAAGAAAUGGCUGGUGAAAGCUUUGGUGAUAAAUUUCCCAUAAAUUAAUUAGAAGGGGGGGACUGAAUUGCAUGUCCAUUAAUAUAAUUAGUUUUGGACAAAACUUGCACUUAGUAGUAAAUUGCCGCAUUUCUUGCAGCAAUCUCAAGCAGAAUUUCAAAAGCCAUUGCAGACUUGAUGAUUAGCUUGAUUUAGCUCAGUCUUAGGCCAUGAUCCUAAGUUCAUUUGGAAGUAAGAUACAUUGAAAUUGGCAUAACUGGCAGCCACAUAAAUAGGGCAUUAAAGAUUUUCAGUUAGUAAUGUUGUUAAUACCAAUUUUCAGGCAAGAAAAUCAGUAAGUUACUCAUCUGGAACUUGAGCACAUGAUCCCCCCCCCCCAAGUUACCUGUGUUUCAUGUAACAGAAAUCUUUAGCAAUGAUUUCCUGGUUUUUAGUUGGGGGUUUCUCCUUGAGUCUUGAUAUCACAUAACCCAAUAAUGUUUAGAUCUCUUGUUUUGCCCUAUUUUCUGUCUGUGUUAGGUCUGUAUACUAAUGAAGGUAGGAUCAUGGUUUCAGAUCUUCUGCACCUGUUGGGCAUCUUGCCUUUGUCAGCAUGACAUUUCCACUCCUAUACAACCAUGAACUUGCACAGGGGAGAUUGAAAUUGUAGACUUCUCCUAUCUACAUCAAACAUAGCAUGAAGUUUAGCGUAGAGCACAUAAUGCUACUGGGCGAAGUCCUUAAUCAGUACAUUAUUUAAAAUGCUGCACUAGAGCAUAUUUAUGGAUUGUAGUUCGAUCAUGAAUUCCAGGCAUCUGAGUGGCAAACAGCACCUGUGCUCACUUUCCAUCUUCUAAAACGGGCAAAGCCAAGCUGCUUGUCUGCUAAUCUCCGCACUCCCCAACAGAAGAAAGAAGUGGGGGUGACUAAUCCUGAAUAAACCAACAUGACCAUCUAUCUCUUCAUGAGUAGAAAUAUGUGAAAUACUUCAAUGUCUCAUGCAGCUAGUUCAUAGUGUAUGACAGUGGAAAUAGAUUGGAGUGUGUAAUCUCAGACGUUUCUUGAUCAAAUGUUUACAAUAAAGUUUCAUAGUUUAUCAUGA